CCGCUCUUUCCGCUUUUGUCGCCUUCUCGACUGAGGCAGUAAGAUGGCGGCGGAGAGACGACUGGUGACGGAACGCUCUCUGCCUAUUACUUCAGGCGCUUCACAAACUCAAGGUGCAGCCAAGUUCCUGGAAUCAUGUCUUUGAGCUGCGAGCCACUGGUUCCCCUGGAGGGGACCAGUUUCAUUAGCUGCUGCAGACACACCAGCCGGGGGUUCUUCAUAACACUUCUCUGUCUCUUCAUGUUAAAUAUCCGGUUAGCUGACUUGCUGACUGUGAAUGAAGUGAAAGAGUCAGCCAGUACGCCAACAGCCAUGCCAUGCUGGCAAACGGAGCAGUUCGUGGUGGCCGGUGAAUGCACGAAGUGUACACAGUUUGAGAUGAAAACGCAACCAGCCUGUGUCAGGACUGGAUUCACCAUGAAGAUUAACUGCCCCGAGUCGCAGAAGGAGGAGUACAAAAGCUGCCGCUCGGCCCUGAUGGAGGAGACUCUCUUCUGGCGGUUCGAGGCCACCAUGAUCUCAUUGGCUAUUCUCUUUGCUGCCCUGGUCGUCCUGCGCCAGAGGGCACUCGAUCGCCUCGCCUCUGAGAAAGUCCGCAAGCAGAUCGAGUCCAUCUGAGGCCCUCCACGCGGGAGUGUGGGGGCAGGAGAGGUGACCUCCCCCCGGUGGGAAUACGCGGCAUGCACAGGGAGAUGACUGUCAGACAGACUCUUCAAAACCUGACAGACACUGCCAGUGUGACCUGGCUCACGUGGAACUUGUACCUGCAGAUGGGCCAGUGCUAUCAGUCCACUAUAGGCAUCCGGGACUGUGUGCCCAUUACAGAGACAAUAUUACAUUAACCUACAAUACAAACCCAGACAAUGCC